AUGUUGGCUACUCUGAGGCCUCCAGAGAGUGAUCUACACACAAUUUGUAAGUCUGCAUCAGCCACAGAUGGACUCUCUGCAUCUUCGUUUAUAGAUUAUCCGAAGUAUAAGCCGUUUAUUAAUUCUGACUUGCUGCGCUCCCCACGGAAACCUGUCAUUCCAUAUCCAGAAAGCAACAGCAGAGCAAUAUUUUCUGCUCUGAAGAAUCUCCAGGAAAAAAUUCGCCGGCUAGAGUUGGAACGGCUUCAGGCGGAGGAGAACGUGAAGCACCUGAGCAGAGAAACCGCAGACUACAAGAAAGUGCUGACUGAACAAAUGCAACACAAAGACCAUGACAAGACUGAAGCGUCGAAGAAAAAUCAAGAACUGGCUUCCCAGCUGGCAGCUGCUGAGUCUCGUUGCAGCCUUUUAGAGAAGCAGCUGGACUACAUGAGAAAAAUGAUCCAGCAUGCAGAGAACGAGAAGACCCAUCUCUUGGAGAAACAGGGUACCUUAGAAAGAGAUCGCCUUGAUCAAUCACAUGUCCAGUCCAAAUUGGAAAAGCUGGAUAUGCUGGAAAAAGAGUACACCAGGCUUAACACAAUGCAGUCCCUAGCAGAGAAAAAAAUGAAAGAGCUGGAACAGAAGCUCCAAGAGGAAGAACACGCAAGGAAGCUCGUUCAGGAAAAAGCAGCUGAGCUUCAAACAGGUCUGGAAACCAACAGGAUGUUAAUUCAAGCAGCCUCACCGUUACUCCCUCCGAAAGCCAGAAGACCUCGGAAGAAAACGAAGCAGCCGGAUAAGAAAGGCCCUCUCACAAGCCACCUCCCUACGCAGCCCCAUUACAGACUGUCUCUGGGCGAUGUCCCCUUUGUAGCUGGGAAGUCAACCAGCCCCAGCCACUCGGUGGGAGCCAACGUGCAGCACGUGCUGCACCUGAUGAAGCAGCACAGCAGGGCGCUGUGCAACAGCCGCGUGGUCAGCGACGCUCCCCUGGCAGACGCCCUCGGCGGCGCCCGGCCCGCUGGCACGAGCCACAGGGCCCCGGUGCCCAGGGAGUCCUCCUCCCAGGAGGAGCUCUCGGAAGUGCUGCUCACUUUACAGGACGAAUUUGGGCAGAUGAGUUUUGAUCACCAGCAGCUGGCAAAGCUUGUGCAGGAGGCCCCGACGGUCGGCGUGAGGGAGGAGCUUGAGCGGGAGCUGGAGGUGCUGGUGGGAAGGAUGGAGGCCAAGGCCGAGCAGAUCAGCAAGGUUCGGAGGCACCGGGCGCGGCUAGAGCGACUUCGGAGAGAGUGCAAGGCCAAGAAGACUUCAGCCAAACAAGUGAAGGAGGGCAGGUUUCCUGUGAGCGAGGUCCGAGUGACGACUACGGUGACCACGAAAGGCAAGGACGCGGGUCCCAUCAAAGUGCGACCCGGGGAGAAGAGCCGGAGGAACCUGCAGCUGCUGAGGGACAUGCAGACCCUCCAGACGUCGCUGCAGAAGGACGACGUCAGCUGGGACUACUGAGCCCUGCCCGAGGUGUCCUGAGAUGAGCCCCCAGAGAGAAGCUGCCUACGGCGGGCUGUAAAGCAGUGGCCUCUUGGGGAGGAGCCUGCAGGGCCUCCCUCAGUGCACUUCCAAAAUAUGGGCCCGUUCCCCACCUCUGGCUGUGAGUGUAUGUAUAUAUUCCGCACACUUAAAGCACAUUCUGUUUGCAGAGCCUCCUGCUGCUGACUCCCAACACGGGUUUCCAGCAGUUCCCUGCUCCCUUCCAGCGCGUGGCACCAAUCUGGGUUGGCCCCCCUGAGUGCCGGGGGUUUCGCAGCUGGCUCUGGGGCUCGUCCAAAGCUGCGUCUGUCUGAAAAUGAUGCUGCCCCCCUGGGUCUUGAGGGGACCCCCUGGGUCUUGAGGGGUCUGUCAGUUCUGUAGCUCAGGCUUCCAGAGUGUGCAAGAGCAAGGAGGGAAACCCUCCGCAGAGGAGUCUGGCUUGGCCCUCUGCAGAAAGCUUCCCCAGCCCCUGUUCUGCCACAUCCCACUCGUCAGUAUUAACAGCAAUGGGUGUUAAUUGGGAGCAAAUAACUUCUGAAUGAAUUUGCUUGAAUGAUCUAUUUUUUUAUUGUUUUAUUUUUUUAUGUCUGAAGGCUGAAAUGUUUCUUUAGAAAUCAUACUUUGUGAGGAAGCUAUAGGAUACUGGGGAUAAAAUUCCCCGUCUUAGUCCCUGUCUUUGAGUAGCAAAGGCGUGAGAUUGGCCGUAAGUGUUUUAAAUUGCAAGUGCCUCAAUCACGCCAUGGCCGCCUGGCACCUUGCUUUUAACUUGAACUGUGUGCGCCGAGUGACCCGCUUGGGAGGAGUGCGAGCCCUUCUGCACUCC